UUCAUAGGCAAAAAGUGUUCCAAUUUUUGACGCACCCACAGGGGACUUGAAAGAUGCUUCUACGACAAGUUGCAUCCCAGCUUUCAAAGUUACCAAAGUCAAAGACCAAAGCACUGAAACGGAACAAACUGAAGCCAAACACCAGAAAAGAAUGCGAAAAGACAGCAAACGUAUCAAAAAAGACGUCCUUGAUACGUCAAGAAUUUACAAGCCUUCCAAGAAACAGACUUCAGACAUUGGAAUGAAAUCCAAGUCUUCAUUUGUCAAAUCUGUUACAGAAGACAUAUAUUACACUGACAUGCAAAGGAGCCCAACUCCAACUCCUAAACCUAGCAAAGAUGAACCAACAGAAUUUGAAACGCAAAGGAGACCAACUUCAACUCCGAAACCUAGAAAAGAUGAACCAACAGAAUUUGAAACGCAAAGGAGCCCAACUCCAACUCCUAAACCUAGCAAAGAUGAACCAACAGAAUUUGAAACGCAAAGGAGCCCAACUCCAACUCCUAGACCUAGCAAAGAUGAACCAACAGAAUUUGAAAUGCAGAGGAGCCCAACUCCUAAAUCUCGCAAAGAUGAGCCAACAGAAUUUGUAAAGAAAAAAAGUUCUAGAAGUUCCAGAGAGCACACUACUUCUGCCGAAGAGCAACCAUAUCACCAAGGCAGCAAAGAUUCCUGGGAGUUCCUCUCAGACACUGACAUGAAAAGCCGAAGUGGCACGCCAUUCAAAGAGUUCCUCUCAGACACAGAAAUGGACAAACCUUCUAAAACAUCAACAGCUAAAGUAACUUCAUCACUUUUACUUCAGUGUAAAAGUAUGGAUAGUCAAAAAGGAGCUCAAGUAAAACAGGCAUUUCAAAAGAAAAUUGAAUUUAUGGAGAAAUUUAACAAGGAAAAAAUGGCUUUACAAAUGCAGAACCUAAAACUUCAAAAUGACAUGGAUAAGCUUAUUGAACAAAACAAGGAUCUUUUUCGGAAAAUUAGAGUCCUGGAACAAAGUCGCAUGAUUGAACCAAGAAAAAAAUAUAAAAUUAUAAAGGAGUGUACACUCACUGAUGUACCGGAUAUGGGGUAUAGCAAAACAAAUUUCUAUGAGAAAAAGAUCCAAAUUCUCCAACAUAGCUACAAUGCCCUUAGGAAUGAAAUGUACACACGCCAGACUCUACAAAGACAGUCAUGCAUGAUGCACCAUGCAGGAAUAACAUAUAAAAUAACAAACCAUCUUCCUGCCAAAGAGCAGCCUAUGCAAGUCAAAUUAUGUUCGACAGACAUUACAAGUGAUAAGGAUGGCAAUAUAAUACCAAAUAUCCAUUAUGAAGUACCACAUGUUCCUUGCCCAAGUUUUGCAGAAAUAGCUGCUGCUGAUGCAUGAUAUUGAAACGAAUACAAACUCUGACUGUCUCCACUGAAGAACAACUGAUGUGAAUUAAGAAUCUACUCAAACAUUAUGUGAAAAUUCAUACAUUGCCACUCACCUCGGCCAGAUAUAACAAUGAUACAUCAAUCAACCUUGUGUUCUUCAUGACUUAUCAAUUAUAUAUUUUGGAUGGUACUUAGUGGACACACUGGAGACAGUGUAAA